UUGCUUGCAAACAUUUGGUGCAAAGAGGGGAAGGGGGGAAAAAGCUGGGGGAAAGAGCGACAGAGAGCGCGGGGCUGGGUGGCUUUUGCAUGCAAAAUGCCCCCCUGCAAGCCAUAAAGCAGCAGCAGCAGAAGAAGAAUACAGGAGAAGAAAGGGGCGAGAGGAAUCCAGGCGUUUCCUUUCUCCUCCUUCCUUCCUUCCCUCCCUCCCUCCCCCUUGGAUGGGCAGCCCGAGAGCGGGAGGCGGCGGCGGCUGGAACGGCGAGAAGGCCUUUUGCAAGGCGCCGGGAGGACCGGGCUCCGUUCCGGAUUGGUGCUGAGGCCCGGCAGGAUUGCCUCCCCCCCCCUUUGCCUCGCCGCCUCCCGGCGUUGGGGAGAAGUUGGAUUAUUUGGCGAGGGAGACGGGCGCCCUCCUCUCGCUCUUUUUUCCUGGGCUCAGCUGCUGUUUCGGGGUGUUGUUUUUUGUUUUGUUUGCAAAGGCUAAUUAAAAAAAAGGGGGUGUCACAUUACAUUCUGGAUUUAUCCCUCUGGAUUAAUUCCUCCGGGCAGUGGGGAUGAAGCGGCGGCGGCAGCAGCAGCAACAUGGAUCCCCUCUGGAAGCGGCGGCCGGCCCUUUGCAAGCGCGCUUCGGGAUCCUGCGUGGAAAUUGCGCCUGAGGACGCCGACCGGGAAAGGAGCAAGUCUGCGCGCAAAGCUCUCGGCAUCCCUCCUUGCAAAGCGCACCGCUGCUGCUCCUCGCUCCUCUCCGGGAUCUGCCCAGUUUCUGCUCCAUCGAAGGCCGACCUGCCUUGACAGCUGGGAUUUUUCUUUUUUUCUUCUCCAUCCGCUUUUCUCUCUCGCUCCCUCUUCUUCUGGCAAUCUCCUGGAGCCUCAGAGAUCCAGAUUUGGGGAGCUGUUUGGUUUGCAAGCCCCGAUCUGCUUUAUCUAGCCUGUUCCGGGGCCACCUAAUUUUUCCCCUCUUCCCAUUUCCUCCACGCCAGUUUUUUUGUUUGUUCCGUUUGCCUCUGGCGAAAAAAAUAAAUAAAAUCGGGAUGUUCUUGCAAGCCAGUUUCUCCGUUGCUCCGGAUUGCUCGCGAGGAGGUGUUUGUGGCCUAGCAGGCAGAUGAAAAGGAUUUGGCCCUGGUCAGUUUCCUUCCACUCUUGGUUUUUAAAAGGAUCCUGCUUUUUUAUACAUAGAGAAAUAUUUAUACAAAGGAGAACGAAGCUUGCAUAUUGUGUGUGUUUUUUGGGUCCCUCCCCUUUAUUCCUCUUUUAAAAUAGCGGACAAAAGUUGGGAAAGGAGAAGCUCUGAUUUCUGGCCUCGUUCUCGCCCUCCUGUUUUCCUUUCUUCCCUGGGUAGACAACGCCAUGUCUGCUAAAGAUAAUCCCUGCAGGAAAUUUCAAGCUAACAUUUUUAACAAGAGCAAAUGCCAGAAUUGUUUUAAGCCUCGCGAGUCGCACUUGCUCAACGAUGAAGAUUUGAACCAGGCCAAGCCCAUUUAUGGUGGAUGGCUUUUGCUGGCGCCAGAAGGCACUGAUUUUGACAAUCCCGUGCACCGCUCUCGGAAAUGGCAGCGGCGGUUCUUCAUCCUCUACGAGCACGGCCUCCUACGUUACGCCCUGGACGAGAUGCCAACCACCCUGCCCCAGGGCACCAUCAACAUGAACCAGUGUACGGAUGUCGUGGACGGGGAAAGCCGGACUGGGCAGAAGUUCUCCCUCUGCAUAUUGACACCUGAGAAGGAACACUUCAUCCGAGCUGAGAACAAGGAGAUCAUCAGUGGGUGGCUGGAGAUGCUGGUUGUCUACCCAAGGACGAACAAGCAGAACCAGAAAAAGAAGAGGAAAGUGGAGCCCCCGACUCCUCAGGAACCCGGCCCGGCAAAGAUGGCUGUGACCAGCAGCAACAUCCCUGGUGCAGAGAAGGUCCCGACCACAAAGUCCACCCUUUGGCAGGAAGAAAUGAGGAGCAAAGACCAGCCGGAUGGCAACGGGGGACUCAGCCCAGCCCCAAGCCCUGUGCAAGGCCAGGCUCCCCCUGCAUGCUCCUUGAAGGAGCCCACGCUGGACAGCAAGGAAGACGACAGCAGCAUGCACGGCGACCGAAGCGACAGCGGGCGGAAAACCCGGGUGGAGAGUGGCUACUUCUCCUUGGAGAAGACGAAGCAGGAUGGGAAGCCGGACGAGCAGCAGCUACCGACGCCGCCAUCCCCUCCCAGCCCCAGCACCCCCAACAACAGGUACAGUGACUCCCAGUCGCCCUCCCCGGAGCAGAGCUGCCCCUUUCCUUCCCCAGGUGCCCCGCCAGGCGGCCGAAUGGUGUACAGCUUCUCCCUCAACUGCCUGGACUUGACGAGCGACUACAUGUCCGGCUGCAAGGACUCGGCAGCGAGAGACGGGGCGGAGGGAGCGGAGAGGCCGGCCCGCCCCGUUUCCUUUAGAGCGAGUCGGCAGUACACCACCCUGGCCGAUGUCCCCAAGGCUGUCAGGAUUAGUAACCGGGAGGCUUUCCAAGCGGAGAGGAAGAGGCUGGAGCGGCGUUCCCGAGCUCGCAGCCCCGGAAGGGAAGAGGUGGCUCGGCUCUUUGGCAGCGAAAGGAGGCGGUCCCAGGUAAUUGAGAAAUUUGAGGCAUUAGAUAUCGAGAAUGCUGAGCACAUGGAGACCAACGCCCCCUCUGGAACUGCCCUCUCCAGUGAGACCCGGCAGGGCAGGAGCGAGAAGAGGGUUUUCCCCAGGAAACGGGACUUUGCUGCCGAAUCGGCAACCAGCCCCAUCCUGGACGUCUCGACUUCUCCCUUGUCCCCACACCGCAGAGCCAAAUCGCUGGACAGAAGGUCAACUGAGUCCUCCAUGACGCCUGACCUGCUGAACUUCAAGAAGGGAUGGCUGACCAAACAGUACGAGGACGGACAGUGGAAGAAACACUGGUUUGUGCUGACGGAUCAGAGCCUGAGGUACUACCGGGAUUCUGUAGCAGAGGAGGCUGCUGAUUUGGAUGGGGAAAUUGAUUUGUCAACAUGUUUUGAUGUCACGGAAUACCCCGUCCAGCGGAACUAUGGCUUCCAAAUCCAUACUAAAGAAGGCGAGUUCACCCUCUCUGCCAUGACCUCGGGGAUCCGCAGGAACUGGAUCCAGACAAUUAUGAAGCACGUUCGCCCCACCACUGCUCCAGAUGUGACCAGCUCUUUGCCCGAGGAGAAAAGCAAAACCAGCUCGUCCUUUGACGCCUGCCCCAAGCCGAGCGAGAAACAGGAUGCCGAGCAAGCGGAAAUCGACCCUGAGCAGAAGCGCAGCCGCGCCCGGGAGCGCCGGCGUGAAGGCCGCUCCAAAACAUUCGACUGGGCCGAGUUCCGCCCCAUCCAGCAAGCCCUGGCUCAGGAGAGAGCCAGCGUGGUGGGGGCUUCCAAAGGCAGCAGCGCCCCUUUCACCAAGGACCCCGGCUCCACGGAGACAGACCCCGGGGAGCUGGAGAGGGAGCGUGCGCGGCGGAGGGAGGAGAGGCGCAAGCGGUUUGAGAGCCUGGAUGCCCCCGACGGGGGAGGCCCGGAAGACUUUUCCCGCAUGGAGGUGGACAGGCUCCCCAGCCCUUCGGAGACCAAGCCGCAGAACGUCCACGUGGAGAUCGAGCAGCGGUGGCACCAAGUGGAGACGACCCCUCUGCGCGAGGAGAAGCAGGUCCCCAUAGCCCCUCUACACCUUGCCCACCCGGACGACAGCAGCGAGGCUCUCCACAAGCAGCACCUCACCACACUCCUGGAAAAGGAGCUGGAGCAGAGCCAGAAGGCAGCCUCUGAACUUCUGGAGCAGAACCGCGCUCUGCAGGACCAGCUGAAAGUAGCUUUAGGUCGCGAGCAGAGUGCCCGGGAAGGCUACGUUCUGCAGACCGAGGUGGCCACACCCCCAUCGGGGGCCUGGCAGAGGCUCCAUAAAGUCAAUCAAGACCUCCAGAGUGAGCUCGAAGCCCAGUGUCAGCGGCAGGAACUGAUCAACCAGCAGAUCCAGUCACUUAAGCGUAGCUAUGGGGAGGCCAAGGAUGUGAUCCGGCACCACGAGGCAGAGAUCCAGAGCCUACAAGCGAGGCUCAGCAAUGCCGCCGCAGAGCUCUCCAUCAAAGAGCAGACUCUGGCAAAGCUGAAGAGCGACCUGAAGGCCGAGCGGAAGAAAGCUCAGGAGCAGAUGGAAGAGUGGCAGCACAGCGAGGAGGUGCUGAGCUCGCAGCUGAAAGCUAGCGAGCAGAAGCUCAAGAAUGCGGAGGCGCUCCUGCUGGAGAAGACCCAGGAGCUGAGAGAUCUGGAGACGCAGCAAGCUCUGCAGAGGGACUACCAGAAGGAAGUGCAGCGGCUCCAGGAUCGGAUCGCUGACCUCAGCCAGCAGCUGAGUGCCAGUGAGCAGUCCCAGAUGCUGAUGGAGGAGAAGCUGCAGAGGAAUUACGAGGCUUUGCUGGAGAGCUGCGAGAGGGAGAAGCAGGUUCUCAUCCAGAGCUUGAAGGAAGCGGAGGACAAAGCCAGCGAGUACGAGAACCAGCUUCAGAACAACGAGCAGCAGAUGGAGGUCCUGCAGAAGGAGAAGCUGUCCGUCAAAUUUGAAAGCAGCGAAAUUGUCCACCAGCUGGAAGAGCAGCUCGAAAUGAAAGAAGCCAGCAUCCAAAAGCUCGCCGAACACAUCAAGAGCCUCGAGGAGGAAAGGGAUCAGAUCAAAUGCCAGUUUCAAGAGCUGAUGAACCAGGUUGCCGAGUCGGAUAACGAGGUCGCCAAGCUGCAAGCCAAGCUGCAGCUGGAGGAGAGCAACUACCAUGCCCUGGAGCACUCCUACGAGGUGGUGUCAGGGCAGUUCCAGAACUUGCAGGCGGUGCUGAAGGAAAAGGAGGAGGAGCUAAGAGUGGUGAGGGAAGCCCACUUGAGAAUUGUGGAAAACAAGGACCAGGAGCUUGCGGAACCUUUCUUAAAAAUAGCUGCCGUAAGUAGCAGUCCAGAAAACGUGGAAGAUCAUCAGACGCAGGACGAUGAGUUGAAAAUAUCAGCUGGCGAGAGCUUAGCGCCGUGUGUUACGACGGAAACAGGUGGUCAAGUUGUGGAGCCAGCACAACAUUCACAGCUUCAAAGAAGACUUCCAGUCUCAGAGUGCAUGCUCACUGAGGAUCAGGGCCCCAAUAUCACUCACAGGCAGAAAAGUGAGCACCCAGCAGUGAACCCAGAAGAGUGUAGGUCUACCUCUAAGUCUACAGACCUUCAAGAGAGAGAGAUUUGCCAGAAGGACUCUGCAAAAUCGGACACAGAAACCCCGGGAGCCAAAAGGCAAAGGAUACGUUUCUCCAACAUCCAGUGCCAAAAAUAUAUCCACCCUGAUGGAUCCGAGAAGAUGUGGACCAGCAGCACUUCAUCAGACACCAGCCAAGACAGGUCACUUUCGGAGGACAGCAUGUCAUCAGAACCAGCUCCAAGUUACCCAGGCACAGGCGAUUCGGAGACUUACCUGUCUAUCAUCCACGCCCUGGAAACCAAACUUUACAUCACAGAAGAAAAGCUCAAAGAUGUGACCAUGAAACUCGAAAGCCAGCAGGGCCACAAUCAAGACACCCUCAUCACGCUUCAUCACCAGUGGGCCAGCACAGAAGCACAGCUGAGGGAGCAGCUUCAGGAGAGCUUGGCUCAAGUCAGCAGGCUGGUCUCACAGUUGGAGGGCGAGAAGCAAGAAAAACACAAGCUGCUCGAGAAUCACAUCCAUGAGCUGGGAAGGUUCCAUGGGAGAAACAACCAAGCCUUGGUGUGCUUAGAGCAAUGCAGAGAGCAGCUAAGAACUUUGUCCAUAUGUGACAUGGAGCAAGAGAGAGAGGUGCUUUUGGGUGUCUUGUCCAAUACGGAAACUUCUUUAUCGGAUGCAGUCCUCGUGUUGCAACAAGCACUUUCUUCGCCUGGUCAUCUGGCAGAAGAAUCGCCUGCAGCCCAAGCGUUGCAUGCAGAAGGCAGCAGCUUGGGGGAGGAGAAAGCUGCCCUCCAGCAGCAACAAGUGGGAUUUUCUGAACAAGACCAGCUGCGGAUGCUUUCUAGGAGAGUGGCUUUUGAAGCCAGCUUGAUCAACCAGAUAGCAGAGUCUCUGACAGAUGCAACCUCCAAGAUUUCCUUAGCCCUGAGAGAGAUUCACGGUACGGUGGAUGCAGUCUUGCUGGAGCCUUCAAAUAUUUCACAUAUUGCAGUGGCCUUGGCUGACGUUUUAUCUAAAAAGCUAGUGUUGGAAGAUGAGUUUUGGAGCCAGGUGGAGGAGCUAAGGAAGAAUUUGAGUGCCAAGGAAGAAGAUGGGAAGGGAAAGGUGGAGGCCCAGGGUUCAAACAUUCCUCAGUGCCUCAUUCAUUCGGUGGCAGACAGCACGCUGAUUAAAGCAGAGCUCAGUUUUGUGGCCCAGAAAAUGAGAGAGUCCUUUCAUCAGAGAUUAAAGGCCAUCGAAGAAGACCUCCACAACACCAGGACAGCCCUUCAGCAGCACAAGUGCAUGCUGGAGGAAAUCAUUAAAGCAUACCAGACUCCGGAAUUUGACGGCGUUAUGCAUCAGAUUUCCAAAGCCCUUGAAAUCCAAGAGGGCACUUCAGCUUGGGAUGCCAGCCUUCCUGGCUUCAUGCCAGAAGCCCACGCUCUGCAGGAUCUUGGCAGUCAAGCUCUAGCUGCCAUUCAGGGCGAUCUUGCUCAGCAGCUCAAAGACAGAGCAAAUGUCCUGAAAGAAAUAUCUGCUGCUCUCCUGUCUCUGUCCCCUGACGAUGCCCUGAAAGACUGCCGCAAGCUGUUAAGGAUUUCUUCCAGUCCUCCCUACGAUAUGUGCCUGGGGGAUCUUGAGCGCUACUCAUCUCUGCUUGUUCAAGAUGCGAUUAUCCAGGCCCAGGUCUGUUAUGGGGCUUACAGGGCAAGGCUGGAGUACGCCAAGGAGGCAAGGCUGUACAAAGAGUCCCUGCACAAUGCGGAUGCUCUGUGUCAGGAACGCAUCAGGGCAGUUGCCACCCUCCGGGAGGAAUAUGAAGAGCUGCUCCGAAAGCAGCAGGGCAAGUAUGCCGAGAUGAUUGCUGUGCUUGAAAGGGAGAAUUCGGAGCUCAAGGCCAAAGUGGAGCAGCUUGAUAAUCAGCGGAAACUCCUGGAAGAAGAAGAACAUAAACAGAGCAAGAAAAUACUGGAGCUUCAGGACACGUAUGAAGAGGAGAUCCGGAACGUGGUUGAGCAGCUUCACAAGACCGAGGAUGCUCUGAAAUCAGAACAGGCUGAAGGGCUACACCGACUAGAUUCUCUUGCGCGGGAUAAGCUGAACUUGGAGACUUUCCACCUUGAGCAAAUCCAAACUCUAGAGGACAAGUUUCAAGUCAAGAUGAAGGAACUGCAGGUCUUCCACAAUGAAGAGCUGCUGGCCUUGCAGAAGCGCUACGAGCAAGAGCUGCAGUUCUUGCAAGCAUCUCUGGAGCAGUACCAGAAUCAGCACUCAGAAGCGCUGCCCACUGUGGCAUUGGGUGCGGGAGAGGCAUGGGCUGCUGAUAACCCUGACGGUGGGGGGCAGGGCUCAGAGAGCGAGCUGGACGCCAUGCAUGGCUUGAGAGAGCGCAUUCAAGAGCUGGAAGCCCAAAUGAACAUCAUGAGAGAUGAGCUGGAGAACAAGCACCUCGAAGGCAAUGCGUCCACUCUGAGGGAGAAAUACCAGAAGGACUUUGAGAAUCUUAAGGCAACUUGCGAACGAGGGUUUGCAGCUAUGGAAGAGACCCAUCAGAAGAAGAUAGAGGACUUGCAGAGGCAGCACCAGCGAGAACUGGAGAAGCUAAGGGAGGAGAAAGACCGCUUGCUUGCUGAGGAGACGGCAGCCACCAUCUCAGCCAUAGAAGCCAUGAAGAACGCCCACCGGGAAGAGCUGGAGCGGGAGCUGGAAAAGACUCACCGCUCGCAGAUCAGCAGCAUCAACUCGGACAUUGAAGCGCUCCAGAGGCAAUACUUGGAGGAGCUGCAGUCUGUCCAGCGUGAACUUGAAGUUCUCUCCGAGCAGUAUUCUCAGAAGUGUUUGGAAAACGCUCACUUGGCCCAGGCCCUGGAAGCAGAGAGGCAGGCCCUCCGUCAGUGCCAGCGGGAGAACCAGGAGCUCAAUGCACACAACCAGGAGCUGAACAACCGCCUGGCUGCAGAGAUCACACGGUUACGGACCCUGGUGACUGGGGAGGGUGGGUUCGAGAUGGCUGGCUCACCUCUCACCCAAGGCAAGGAUGCCUACGAGUUGGAGGUCUUGCUGCGAGUCAAGGAAUCAGAAAUACAGUACUUGAAGCAGGAGAUCAGCUCCUUGAAGGAUGAACUGCAAACAGCACUGAGGGACAAGAAAUAUGCCAGUGAUAAGUAUAAGGACAUUUACACGGAGCUCAGCAUUGUGAAGGCCAAGGCGGACUGUGACAUUAGCAGGUUGAAAGAGCAGCUCAAGGCGGCCACCGAAGCCCUUGGCGAGAAGUCCCCAGAGAACACCACUGUGUCUGGAUACGAUAUUAUGAAAUCCAAAAGCAACCCUGAUUUCUUGAAGAAAGACAGGACCAGUGUUGGCCGGCAACUGAGAAAUAUCAGGUCAAAGAGUCUGAAGGAAGGCCUGACCGUGCAGGAGCGCCUCAAGCUCUUUGAAUCCAAGGACUUGAAGAAAGACUAGUUCUCUCCUUCCUAUUUGGCUUGACCACGCACACCUUCUUGCUUGCGGCAUCACAGCACAAGCACCCUUCUGUUUUUUGUUCUCUAGGAUCGUCACUGCUGUUGCUUGUGUGUGGAUUUUUUUUCUGUUGUAUGGAUGCUCCAGAAGACUGGAAAAUGCUGGGAGUUCUUCUGCCCACCAACAAAUGAACUUCCCAACUUCUUAGUCCUGACUUAUAAAGUUUUUAACCUUGGCAAGAGGGCUGGGAGAGAUUGGGGAUAUGCUCCCCACCCCACUUGGCUCUCUACAAAAACAUCCUUCCUACUGUAUAUCCAUUACACUAAGUGUCAGUAUUAAGGCUCAACAGCCUGUUGAUAAGCUAGCUCUGUUUUACCAAAUUAUUUGGUGUAGUGACAGGGCCCUGGGAUGGGGGGAGGGAGGCAACACACUGUGCUUAGCUCUGCCAGUUUAGAGGAAUCCAGCACUUAAGUGCAUGCUUUGGAUCAAAUUUUGAACCACUGAAACAAGACCUGCAGACCUGUUUUUGGCAUAAUCGGUGCCCUUAGUGAAAGCUUGUUUAUUGCAGCAAGAUAUUCGCUUAGAAAAAGACAUUUGUGGCAGCCCUGAUUUGUAGCUUGGUGUUUAACUAUGUGGUCAGUUUGGAAUUUAUUCCCUUAACACCACUUAGAUCUUCCUGAAAAGCUUUUAAGUUGCUUUGCAUACAAACAGUUGCAGGCAUUGAAGUGCAAUCAGCUCGUGAUGAAAUUAAGCAGUGCAACUUAACUAUUUCUCUUGGAGAAAUAGGGUGGUCUACUUCCACACACUCCUUCUGGUAAGGCCAUGCCAGAAUCUGCACCGUUUGUUAGAGUUUCAGUGGGGUGAGUCUGUCAUACAAUGUGACCCAGACUUUUCUCCCACCUAAUUUGCUGCAAAACAAACAAAAUUCUUCUGUCUAGAUUGAAGCUCAGAGGAGUUUUUCUUCAAGAUGCCUUUUAAAGAACAAAUCUUUUGCAACCCUUACUCUGGGGUCCUCUGGAGGCAGUAAGAGCGCUUCUGCCAUGUAAUCGGUAGGAAUGGUUCAGAAUUCUAAGUAGGCGGGGCUCUUUUACAAAGCAGGAAGGGCGUGGCUUGCUGAUAAGCAAGAGGUAUUUGGAACAGUACAGCUGAAGUCAGGCGAGUCCUCCAAGCAGGUCAAGGCAGAAAUGAGGGCUGGCUUGCCUUUGGAUUGACUUAAUGGGUCUCAAAACAGUUGAAGAGAGUCUUCUGUAUGUUCAUGUAAGCUGGUAGCAUCUGCAUGUGGAAAUACAGUUGGAAGAUGUCAGUGGAGAGAGAAAACUAAACGGGAAUGGCAAGUCACAAGUAACCUUGCUAAAAGGGGGCAUUUGAAAAGUGGCAGUUCAAAUUUUUGAAACCAUCUUAGUACUCAGUGCCAUUGUCUAUCUGAAACAAAGCAGUUGUAUGGGCCCAUUUGUCCUCCUUACAUAUGAGGCCCAAUGACAGAGGCAGUGAAUAUUUGAUCUGUUGGGUUCCAGGGCCAAAAGGCCUUUCCCAAGCAGAAUAAUGUAUAUAAAGAAGCUUUGAAUAAUGCAUGCAAUUUUUUAUUCCAAAAGCAGGUGAACAUUGCUGUUUUGAAAAACGUAUAGGAAGUGUUGGGAAGUUAAUUCUACAAGGUUUGUGGGCAAGGCAGCUUUUGGUAUUUUAGGUCUUUUUAUCUGCCUUGCUCCGGUGGGGUGAAUUUGAGGUGGUGUUCUGCUUUUCAGUCUAUUCAGACAAAAAUUGUUGAUCUUUUGAGCAGUCAAAUCUGUAAAGCAAAGUUUUGCUGUUAGAGGCUAGGGAGAGCACCCUGUCCCUUUUAGUUUCAUCCUGUUCUUAAUUGGACACACAUUGAUGCUAUUCUGUGGGCCCUUGCUGCUGAUCCAUGCCGAAGCAAAACAGCUCUUAGCAUCUUUGUUGGUGUUAUAUGCAAAACAAUGUUCCUUCAAAAGCUGUUGCUAUUUUGGAGCAGGGGGCGGUCUUCACAGCAGAAAAUUUGCUCUCUUCUUGCUGUGUGUCUGGCAGUUACUUUUAAAAUCAUGUAUGACAGGGAUAGGGUUUGGCUGUCUUGCAUUGGUGCCUCUAGCAGUCUGUCCAUACCGUCGGACUGCAGAGUGUGGUUAGCACAUAAUGGAAAAGCCAGUAUAUCCCCCCCCCCAGGGUGGCUAAGGAAAGGUGGUUAUGCUUCAGGCCUAGAUUAUUUUCUUUCUCCUUUAAAAUUAUUAACUAGGCUUGUAACUUGGCAGAGGAAUCUUAUUUUUCCCUAAGUACCUGCAACUUGAGAGAAACCUUGCCAUUGGGAUGAAUUAUCUUUUGCUAAAUCAUUGCAAAUGGAUUAUGUUUAUGUUUAAUCCAUACACUUAUUUAAUAAAACAAACAAAUGUCCUCUAAGAUUAGAAUAGCCAGUAUUUCACAAACAUUAAAAUUGGUGUAAAAAAAGCAACCAAGCAUCUUUUUGCUCAAGGAAGUCUGUACUGCUGUGACCAAGUUGCUCUUCAUACACAGCAAAGCAAGUUGGCAUUCUAGUUGUAUUUCCUGAAUGGCUCUUAAAAGGCACAGUAUAAACAUUAUGUGAAUAAAUAGGUAUUUUCUAUUGCAAGCUGCUGCAUUUUACACAAACCUACACUACAAAAUAACUGUGGUCUCGGUGAAGUUCAACACUAAUGGAUGUACAGUAUAAAUAUAUUUGCAUAACAGCUUCUUUAAUCUUGCCUGUUGCAGAUUUCUUUAUUUGUCUCUCCUUUUGAAACAGAAUUGAGUGUUCUGUUAAUGAAACUCAUUUUCUUUUAUCCCAUUAAAAUAUGGAAAAGGGGGAUUGCUUGUGCUGAUGUGCAGAUCCCAAGCAGGCUGUUUUUCCUGUGGCAGAGGCUGCCUGCAAGUAGCCCUACGCGUUGUUUCUUAAUAAGUGUCACUUUUUGUAAUGACAACAUACUUGAUUAGAAUCCCACUGGAUUUUUUGCAUUUUGGUGGCUCAUAUGCAGUACUUAGUUUGUUGUGAACACUUGCACAUGCACGCUCAGUGUAGCUUAUACUUCCUUUGUAAUUUCUUUCUUUUUUUUAAAAAAAGCUUUGUUAUUCUCUUUAAAAAAUAAUUUAAAACCUGUAUAGUAUUCAAAGCACGCAAUGUAAAUAUUUAUUACUCAAAAAAACAACAACAGUGGAGGGGUUUGGGGGGUGAUUUUUUUAAAAUCUUGUUCUAAUACAAUGUCCUUUUGACUUGGAAAAGGAAAUUAGUGUAACCCGAUAAACCCACUCUAUGUUCCCUUAAAGAAUGUCUGGUUUGUUUGAACAUUAUAAAUAUCUUUUUAAAUUUCUCUGAUACCUUUUUAGUUUUGGAAAUGCCUGUCCAAAGAAGAUGUACAGUGUUUCAAAACUUCAAGCCUACUUACCUAUACAUUAAUUUUCUUACCCUUUUCAGUUCAAUAAUCUUAGAGCUGACAGUGGCAUAAACAACUCUUGGGUGUGCAUAUAUAUGAUUGCAGGGAGUAGUAUAUCUGUAUAUUAAUGGUGGUAGUUAUUCUGUCACUAAGCAUACAUCAGUAUUCUUGCAUGGUAACUUGGCACUGUUGCGGAGUAAACCAAGGAUUUCGAUAAGGGAAUGGAGUAGAUUUUUAUUCCCGCAACCCACCCAUCAUUUUCAGGUUACAUGGCAUGGUGAUGUAACAGCAUGACAGAAUACAGUUAACGUAGGAUGAUUAUUCAAUUUACUGUAACACUAUAUUUCAUUGCGAUGUAGUUUCAGCAGAGUUACAGUGCCAGGGUCAUCUUUACCACUAGACUAUGGAAAGUAGAUGGGAGUCCAUUACUGACUGCAUGCCUUGGAGAACAGUUAUAUGGCACAUUAGAAAAUGUCUUGCUUUUCCAAGCGGUGCUCAGCAGCCUCACGCCAUGCACUGAAAUCCACUAAGGAGUAAAUGAAACCCGGAGUUGACAGCAGAACCCCUCUAGUGCCAAGUGAAUUAACCUCUGUAGUCAUUGAGGAUUGAUGUAGGAUUCUCAUUUCAGUCUGCCAGUAGAAGAACUCAGCUUCUAAUUGUGUAUUAAAACAGUCGCCUCAAAGAGAAAUAGAAGCACUUGAGAAGCUAUCAGCUAAGUGUUCUUGAGUAACAAAAAGCCUGCAUUAGUACACUCCUCCAAUGUGGUACUUGUUUGGACAAAAUGUGUAUGUGGCUAAGAAGGUGAGGCAAGCACUGUACACGCACACAGGUAUCCCUAUUUGAGCUCUUCCUCAUGCCCACUCAACACCAGCUUCCUUUUAAACGAUACUGAAGUCAUCAGUCUAUAUUAUAAACCUGCUUGAGCAACAAGCAAGCCUACAGAAGCCUCAGCUCCUAAUUGACCACGACCAAAUUGAAUCCUAAAGUGGUCAUCCAAGCAUCAAGCAUGAGGAGAAUGAUCAAUUACCGGUACUCCAGCCCUGCAAGAUUCAGAGCCAGAGCAGCCAUGGGAUUCGGCAGGAAAGCUGCUAACCCCCAAAACUGGAACUCACAUGCAAGAGAAACAGAAUCAAAUAAAACCAAUUCACUGGGGGAACAUGUUCUCUAAUUUGCCUGGUGAACAAACAUGUCCAAUCUGACUUUCCUUUUGCAAAGAUGAAUGGUUUGAGCCGCCUCUUAGGAGUCUGAAAGGUAUCUCUCCUCUUGUUUUGUUUUCAUGCUUUUAAGAGCUAUUUCCUCCUUCAGCUGUUCACUGUAAUAGAAGUAUCAUUUAUGUCACAGUAUUUAUUCCUUACAAACCUUGUGUGACAUGCUAGGGUUCCCAUGGAUGUAGCUGAUGAUUAUUUUGUAAAUAUUAAUUACUUAACUAUACAUAAAACUGUAUCGUAAUAAACUAUUUUUGCACCACC